ACUAUGGCUAAACGUGUUUUGUACAUAACAAACUUACAUCAAUAUAUCAUAAUAGUGAUAAUACCGUUACGUGUCUCAUGACAAAUAUCUAAGUAAAGUAAUAGCUGUGAUAACGCAAUGGAAGUGACUGAUGAGAUUCAGUCACUGGUUGAUAAACUAACGCGUGUAAAGGCUGAGCUCUCCUCAACCAAAUUAACCCUCUCUCGAGUGGAACGCCUCAAUGAAGAAGCCAAUUGCUGCAUUGAAGAUCUGAAAGACCAGGUGAUAACGUUGAAAGGAGAACCUCACAAGUGUAAAUCAGAGAAAACGACAGAAGAAGGAAAGAAGGAAUUGUGUGAUGUUGCUGUGCAGACUGACAAGCUUUUAGCAAGUGAACUUGUUAGUCCGAGGACAGGUGGCAAUGAGGAAUUACCUAUGCAUGCCCUCUCUACCUCAGUCUCUGCAACAGCCUCAGAAAUAAGUAAAUCAACCGACAUUCAGGAUGCUGCCUGGCUGAGUAGCCAUGGGGAAAACCAGGUCUCGAUUGCAGAAAGCCUAAAGUCUGCAGCGGAGGAUGCCAUGCAUCAAACUGGUUACGUUUACGACGAAAAUUAUGGUUUAUACUAUGAUUUCAACACCGGCUACUAUUAUGAUUCUGAGCGCUGCCUACAUUAUAAUUCAACAACUGGCGUCUACUAUCGGUUCGACGAACAAUCGCAGAACUACGAGUUCCACUCACAAAUUGCCGUGCAACAGCCCAGCUAUGACCAGUCACAGUACCACCAGGGGGCAGCAGCUGACCCCACCCGUAAAGACGAGGACAACACAAGAAAAACCAAGACUGCAAAAAAGAAGAGGCAUAAAAAGAAAGGCACUGAUAGCGAAUCCGAGGAUGAGAAAACUGAAAGGCGGCAUCGCAAACACCAAUCGAAGAGCAUCCGUAGAUCGAAAGACUCUGAGAAUAAUAAUCUCGAGAAGCAUAAACACAAACAUAAGAAACAUUCCAAAAGGAAGUCCGAACACCAUCACAAAAAGAGCCACAAACGGGACAGGCGGAAAUCAAAGGGUGGAACUAGGGCUGACGUAGAGGACGGCCAUCGCAGUGACUCUGGUUGCCGUAAGAAAGUCUCAAGCAGUGAUCCGUGUUUAGCUGAGCUGCAGCAGCCAAUUGACAAUGAAAGCAGUCGCGCUUUCAAUGCUGCGAAUGGCGAAGGUGGUUUGCUUACCGUUAAUAAGGCGAGACGUACGAAAAAGCCAAAGGUAGUUCGCGUAAAGACGCAUGUUAGUGGGGACGAUGAAAGCAUGGAGUACGAUAGUGAUCAGGGCAGUGUAGAGGGGUCCACACGGGAAGAAGGGGAAUGCGAGGAAAGCUCUGCCAGUAGCACUAGUAACAGUGACGGCCGUGACGUCAUUGAAACCACUGCCACUGAGCCAAUUCUGCAAGAAGAAGAAAAUGAGUUGACAUCACAAUGGCCGCCCUGCAUUCGAGCAAUAGUACAGGCCUCCGAGCAUGUAGAUCGAGGGUCAUUGUUUGUUGUCACGUGCAUGGGCGCAAAGAUUGGACGCGAGAAGAACAAUAGUCUGUGCAUCCCUGAUGUUGAAGUCAGCAAGGUACACGCAGAAGUUUUGUAUGAUGAAGCGAUGUGCCAGUACACGGUCACCGACUGUGGCAGUCAGAAUGGAACUUUUCUUAAUGAUCAGCGACUGUCGGAGGCUAAGUGUGUGAGUGAAGCGUAUCUUCUUUCCCACGGCGAUGUGCUGAGAAUGGGAGUGGAAACAUGGUUACUGUUUCACAUUCAUGAGGGAACAGACACUUGUGAUGAGUGUGAGCCAGGACAAGUGCAAGCUGCCCUUGCCCAACAACAGAUACAGCCAAAAACAGAACAUGUGGUGCUAUCAAAAGCCGAAAAAGAAGCUCUUAGAAGAAAACAGCUGAAACAAAUAAAGAAGCGAUAUGGACUUGAGGCAUCAGCCUAUGUAGAUAAUAAGGCAGCAAUUGAUAACGCAAACUACAUGGAUAGAUCAACUGUGCGGCGCAAAACAGUAGGAAGUGAUGAUCCGUAUCAGAAGGAAGAAGCCCCUGCCUCGGUGAAUAGAGCCAUAUCUUCUGAAAAUCCUGGUUUCAAGAUGUUGAAGAAGAUGGGAUGGAGUGAGGGGCAGUCAUUGGGAAAGAACAUGACUGGUAUCACUGAGCCUGUUAACGUCGAGGUACGUUCACAGAAAGCUGGCCUGGGUUCGAAAACAUCGGUGAGGAUGUCUAUGGACAACGUGCAGUCCAGGAGGCAGGCCGAGGUGUGGGCGCGCGCCCGGGAGCGCUUCGAAAAACUCCAGGGCAACGACGAGGACGAAUCGGGGACACCCUCCCAACCCCCAGAGGGCGCUGUUGGGCAACAAGUGAACGUGCCACCUCGUCGGGUAGCAACUGGAAGGGCAAUGACGUUUGUGCAGGGUGCCACUGAACAUGCUGAUGGUGCGGAGCAAGGUGGAGUAUUCCAUCAAGAUCCAAUCCUUCCGAUGCAAUCCACAGUCUCAGCCGAUGGUGAGACUGUCACUGUUAAAACUGAACCGAUGGGAGAUGGAUGAUAGGGAGAAGUUUAAUAGUGGUCUCACCAUAUCAUCAAGCAGGUUGCCGGAUAUUGCAUGCUGUACAGAGGAAUUUGCAAGGAUCUGCGAAGAUUCACAUGUAAUAUUUUGGAUGAUUUAGGUGUGUAAUUCAUAGAGAAAAUAUUUAACUUUUGUCAUGUUUUGAUGGCAAAAUGAUAAAGUGUAUCAGCAGGUGGAUUGUAUUAUAUAUAUACACAUCAACAAUAGAUACCCGAAUGUAUAGAUACUAUCCUGGUAUGUUUUGUAUAUAAAUUUUUUAUACAAACUA